GUUACGACCAGCGGGAAAAUGUGAUCGUUCAAAAAGUUCGCCGACCUGUCGUUGAAAAUUCUCAUGCCCGUGACCGUUUCGAAACACGAUCGAAAGAAUCACGUGCAAAAAGUGGCGCGUCGUGCACAGUGAUUCGAGUUUCCGAUUACAGUCGCGUCUCGUGUAUCGUCGUACGUAUGUUCUCGCGGUGUUGUGACAGUGUUUUUUGGUGUUUCGUGGUCAAACGAAUUCGAUCGAAUAAUUUAAAUCGAGUGGAUCCUUGCCAAGAACAGAAAAGGGCCAGAUAAUUUGUGUGGCGUUUUUCGAUACGAGGUUUUUAACCGAGAAACUUCGAGAGACGUGUCGGUAUGUCUUCGUGUACGUUGACUCGGGGUCGAAAGUCCUUGAGCUCGAAGUUUUUCGGGCGUUUAUCUUGAUCGCGGAGACAGUGGUGGAGAAAAAAAGCUCGGUGGAGUCUCGGCAGGAUUUACGCUGAAAAUAUUCGAACAACGUCCGCGAUUCGUCGUGUAACGCUUCGACACAGUUUCCGAAUCGAGAGCCGGCAAGCGACGACGAUGAAUCGAGUGGAGUAGUAGAAUUUUGCGACGAAGGGAAAAAAAAAAAAAGGGAAAAUUUUCCCUCGGAAUACAGAUUUAGAUUUAGAUAGUUUGGAGGGGCGUUUCGGUUUCGGGAAAGGAGCGCCCUUGCCGGGGGAGUUGCUGAUUUCUUCUUCCCCGAGGAGAGAAUGGCGUUGACUCCGACACGAUGCCGCGGCGGAGGCGGCGAGAACCUCUCGGAGGAAACGGCGAACGAGGACGAGGUGGGAAACGCCGGCAAUUUCGAGCCCCUGAGCGACUCCUGCGGCGAGAGCGACAUGGAGGGCCUCGAUCUCUCCCUGUUCGAGCCCCAGGUAGACACCACUUCCUGGUGCGACUCCCGGAUUCACGCGGGCACUCUUCAUAUCCUGGUCCAUUACUGCGAGGCCGAGUGCUGCGUUGGCGAGGCAACGGGCGAGGCGUGCUGGGAGCCUUGUUACUGCGUCCUCCUCCAGGAUGAACAGACCCUCACGGCUUACAGGAGCGAGGACAUGGCG